CACUGUAGAUUUCGCGGGAUUGAGUACCGGAAGUGAUAGAAAUAGGUUGCCAUGGUAUUUUUUUCCUUAGCGACGGUAGCGUUUACGCUUAGCAACCAUGGCGGAGAGCAAAGAAGACGGUACAAAGUCAGCUUUAAAUCAAGUGGAAGAAUUAAGAUGCGCAAAUGCCUUUCUCCAGACAGAGAACGAGAUGUUCGAGUGUUUCCUCAGUCGGCUGGACUCGCUCAGCUUGGGCUCACCACUUGCAUCCCAGAUGGAGAAGGAAGCGGGGUGUGGAGAGCUAUCUGAAACCAGCGAAACAUCUCAGGAGCCGUCGAAUCUCCUGAAACUGGAACAGAAGUGUUACAUCGCAGAGAGAGAGCUGGAAGAGGCGAGGAAAGAGCUGGAGCCGUUCGACACCACCAGUUUAUCAACAAAUGUCAAUUAUUAUAAGGCUGCUAUAGGAAACUCGGACAGGCGUCUGGCCCAGAUUAAGAGGGAGAGGCAUGAGUUUGAAGAGUUUGUUGCUAAAAUUCGACAGAUCACACCGGUUCAGGCACAAAGGGCACAAAAGAUCAUCGGGUACAUCGAGCGGCAAAUAAAAGCCAAGGAAGUGCUGACGGAACGGAUGCACAGGAGAAACAAGUUUUUGCAGAUACAAAACUGGAAGCAGCAAAUCAUGGUGCAGAAGAAGGAACAGAUGCAAGAGAAGCUGUCCAGGAUCGAUUUGGAGCACCUGGUGCAAAAGAACACCCAGUCCCGCGAGUUUCUGCAGAAGUUCCAGGAGCAACUGCUGCAUCACAGAAUGCUGGUUCGAAAGAGCCAACAAGUAUUGAACCUUUACAAGGAGCGUCUCAAGAAGGAAGCGAUGGAAUCAGAGUCGCUGAGCAGAAAAAUCGCUUCACGUGAGGAAAAGCUGUCAAAGAUCCGAGAGCAACAGCAAAAGGUCGAGAAGGAGCGAGCUCAGGCCGAGGAUCUGAAUAAGAAGCUGAAAGAGCAGUCGGCUAAUUUCCGCGUCCCAGAUGUCAUGGAAUACGUCGAGUCCAAGGCCACGAAUGAUCGACACAGGCAGACCAUCAAGUCCAUGGAGCGUAAAGUGAGGAUUGCUAAGAUGACAUCGAAGACUAAGAGUCCAGGAGACUUGGCAGGCUGCAGUAAGAGCGAGGAAGAGCUAAUCCCUGAUCAACAAUCCCAUCAACCUUUCGACUGAUCGACCUGAAUCCUUAUUUAAUAUUCAUAUGCCUUAUUCAUUCUUUAUAAAAUGGACCUGCACAUCAUCUUUCCACGAACCCGGCUGAAAUAAAACAUUCAAAUUCCAAACCCCACACGUUAUUAAUGAGAAAGUUUAUUAGUUAGUGCUGUGUAUAUUAAAUGCUACAUACAGAUAUUUAGCAUAAAUGUCACAUCCAUCUCCACAUGAAAUUUUUCUUACUAACUCAUCCACAGUCUACAAUUUGAAAAAGCUAAAGAGGAGUUUUUAAAACAGAUUACAGGAACUAACACAGCAGGCAUGCACGAGGCAGAGUGCAGGACCACAGACGCUCAAAAACCCCUCACCUCCAGCCAGAAUGUCCCCCCAUCGUCCUUAUUACCCAGCAUCCCUUCCUUUGUGGCCCUGACCCUCCUACCAAGUAUAUAUAUUUAUAUAGAAAUUUUAAACAAUAUUAAUAACAAAAAAAAAAAAAAAGAAAAAAAAAAAGAAUACACAAUGGAAAUGUGAAAACAAA